AUGCCUCCUCCUAUUUUGACUGAGGAAGAAAUAGACGUUGCCCGUCAAAGUCAGGAACAUGCUUAUCGCUUUGUACAAACAUAUUGGGAGUCAACUGGCUAUGACCCUAAUCUAGCUCCCUUGAACGAUCAGGGUCUUACUACUUGCUUGUCUGUCCCGGUGUCUCCGACAUCUAUCGUUGAUUCCACUUCUGUUAUGGAGGCUCGUAUUCCUAUUGUGAUGACUGCACCUGAGGGUUUAUCUACGACUCACAGGAGGAACCUUUUUUCAUAUGCUUCCCGUCCUUUAUUUAGGGUCGGGUCCCUUGUCUCCAUUGUAGCUACUGGCCAAGACGUUGUUCUGGGCUCUGGUGAGCUUUCAAGGGAACAAGAUAAGUUGAGGGAGCAGUGUGAAGUCCUUGAGCGGAAAAAUUCUAAUACUGAGAAGGAAUUGAGCGCUGUGCCAUUUAAUUUCACUGUUUAUUCAUGUAGUGAAAAAGACAAUUAUACUAACAAUUUGAUUAGAAGAGGUUAUAAACAUUCCAAAAAUGCAAAGAAAAUUUUAUCCAGAACUGUGUCGGUGCCUGAACGGAGAUUGAUCGGAGAGCCACCACGUCCACCAUUGUUGUCGUCGUGUUCUUCAUGUGUUCUUGAGUUUUUUUGUUCAAUAUAG